UACACACUCCACCAUUUCUUGCAUUCAUAUCCCGCCGAAGAAAAACUGUUGAUGUCCCAAAAUGUCGAAAUCUUCAGGCAAUUCUACGGCGUCGUCUUCGACUUCUUCUUCGUCAUCUUCGUCAACGACGACGUUGAAGCCCGAAGACUACAUUCACAGUCCAGUCCACUAUGCCGUAGCAACUGGCGACCAUUCUAGUCUCUCGAAAAUCGUUUCUUCUUUACCGCGACUCACCGACCCAACUCGUGUUCUUACCGAGUCCGACUCGCUCUCUCAAGAGAAACUCGCUGACCAAAUCUCCGCCGUCCUUGACCGCCGCGACAACCGCCACCGAGAAACUCCCCUCCAUCUCGCCGUCCGCCUCAAUGACGUCUUCGCCGUCCGCACCCUCGCUGUGGCUGGAGCUGACAUUUCACUCCAGAAUGCCGCCGGAUGGAAUCCGCUUCACGAAGCUCUCCUCCGCCGUUGCUCGGAGAUCGUGAUAACUCUCCUUCAGCACCAUCACAUGUCCUCCUGGUCCAAGUGGCGCCGCCGCCUUCCCCGCCUAGUAGCUGCUCUCCGCCGAAUGCGUGACUUCUACAUGGAAAUCUCCUUCCACUUCGAGAGCUCUAUCGUUCCGUUCAUUGGAAAAGUCGCCCCUUCCGACACCUAUAAGAUCUGGAAACGCGACGGGAAUCUCCGAGCAGAUACUUCGCUCGCCGGCUACGACGGAUUGAAAAUCCAGCGCGCUAAUCAAAGCUUUCUCUUCAUCGGAGACGGCGAUCAAAGCCUCGACAUUCCUUCUGGUUCACUGCUCGUCUUGAACCACGACGAGAAGAAAAUUUUCGACGCCUUCGAAAAUGGUGGGACUCCGUUGAGCGAUGCCGACAUUGCCAGCUUCUGCAAUCAAACGAGCGUGUAUAGGCCUGGAAUGGAUGUGACCAAGGCAGAGCUCGUUAGCCGUACUAAUUGGAGACGGCAAGAGAAGACAGAGAAUGUAGGAGAAUGGAAAGCUAGGGUUUACGAAGUGCACAACGUGAUUUUCAGUUUUCGGUCACGAAAAAUCACCGCAGUCGAUGGAAGCGAGCAAAUUCUACCGCUAGACUUAGAGCUCGACGAGGAUUCGGAAGAAGGAUUUCUGGUAGCAGAGAAUCCGCGGUUUAGUGUUUCCGGCGAUGAUUGGCAAGCGAGAAGGCACAGUAGCUUCGUGAGGGAUGAGCGGGAGCGAGUGAUGGUGUCAAGGAAGAGUGUGGAUAUCAUUCCAGAGACUAGGAGGAGGUUGCCGCCGUCCGCGGCCGCUUCAAUAUCAUUAGCGCCGCCUCCACAGACGAAGGAGAAGGAGUACGUGAAGAAUUUACGGCCGUUAAUUUGGUUAACGGAACAGUUCCCGUUGAAGACGGAGGAGCUGCUGCCGUUACUCGACAUCCUAGCUAACAAAGUGAAAGCCGUUAGGCGGAUGAGGGAGCUCCUAACGACGACGUUUCCUCCCGGCACGUUCCCCGUGAAGGUUGCAAUUCCGGUGGUUCCAACAGUGAGGGUGGUAAUAACAUUUACCAAGUUCGUUGAGCUGCAACCAAUUGAACAGUUCUACACCCCAUUCUCGAGUCCUAGACAUUUUGUUAAUGGUGGAAGAAGCUCUGAGGACGAUGGUACAGAGGGUAAUUACUACUCAUUUUCAUCAUCAUCAUCCUCAUCAUCAUCGUCAUCCUUUUCAUGGCUAUCGAGGAGCAGUGGUCGGUCAAGUUCUACGGGGAAUAAGCAGCAGCAGAAUGGCAGUUUGUGUAAUGGUGGGCAGCAAUCAGAUCCAUUUGCUAUACCAAAUGGAUAUAGUUGGAGUAGGGUUGAGGAGAAAAGUAGGAAAAUGAAAAAGUCCAAGUCUACUAGAAGAGCUAAAUGAUAGAAUAUGCAUCUGAAGAAGAUACUCACGAAGUUGAUGGAAACACCUGAAUAUGGUUUUAUGGUUCUUGAUUUGAGGGAGAAAAAAAGAAGAAGAAGACCAUAUAGACUUAUUGUUGUAGAUGGAUUAUUAAAUCAUAAGGGCAGUCAAGUUGUUGGACGAGGAACAAGAUACUACUAGCAGUUCCAUGCACUAAUGUGACCAACAACUUUGCUGAAUGAUAAAAAGGAAAGGAAUGGCAGGCAUGCUUUUCAAUGCAGCAACCUCAUAUCACAGAACACUACUUUACUUGACUUUGAAUUCUUGUUCCUAAUGAUCUUUCUACUUUUGAUUACAAUGAUAGAGUAUGCUGUUGUAUGUCUUA